GCUUCGCCAGAGUUCACCGACGGCUUUUCCAAGCUGCAGCACGGGCAGCCGCCGAUCCUCGAGACGAUGGUGGUGGUCCCGGGUGUAACUUUGGAGCAGCUUGGCAAGGUGAAGAGUGGUCCGGACGACGAGAAGCGCUUCCUCUCGCGGCGGGAAUACGUGCAGCUGGCCGAGCAGGAGGUGGCCCUCGACAGCAGUUUCCACGGCAGAGGUGGCAGCAUGUCGCAAGAUGGAAGU